CGACUGGCAUGGCACGAGACAACUCAAAAUGGGACACCAAAGCCAGGACUCUCACUGACCUUCUUAAGAAGGCUUGCCGCCAGGAACCGAGCUGGUGGAUCAUCGAGGUGAAAAUCAGUUCGCUGCCUGUUUGUAGGGUUGUAUCUGCUCAACAACGAACAAGCGAGUGGGCACCAUGUUCAUCAGAGCCUUGCAAUUGAUUCUCAGGGAGAAGAAGAGCGGGAUCACGGCGCCAGGAUCGUCGGCCUUCGUCAAGGCCUUCUCCUCGGCAUCGGCCUUUCAGAGUCAGAGGCUGGCCGGGAAGGUCGCCGUCAUCACCGGUGGCGCGAGCGGCAUCGGCAAGGCGACCGCCGCCGAGUUCGUUAGGAACGGCGCGAAGGUGGUCAUCGCGGACGUCCAGGACGACCUCGGCCACGCGGUCGCAGCGGAGCUCGGCGGCCCGGACGUCGCGUGCUACACCCGCUGCGACGUGAUCGACGAGGCGCAGGUGGCCGCGGCCGUGGACCUCGCGGUGGCCCGCCACGGGCAGCUGGACGUCAUGUUCAACAACGCCGGCAUCGGGGGCUGCCCCGUGCGUCCGCCGCUGGGCGAAGUGGACCUCGCCGACUUCGACCGGGUGAUGGCGACCAACGCCCGGGGCGUGCUGGCGGGGCUCAAGCACGCGGCGCGCGUCAUGGUCCCGCGCCGCUGCGGCAGCAUCAUCUGCACCGCGAGCGCCGCCGCCGUGGUGGGCACCGCGGCCACCCCUGCGUACAGCGCCUCCAAGGCGGCGGUGCUCGGCCUCGUCCGCACCGUGGCGGCGGAGACUGCGCGCUCCGGGGUGCGCGUGAACGCCGUCUCCCCCUACGCCAUCCCGACGCCGCUGGUUCUGGGGGCCUUCGCGGCGUGGCUCCCCGGGAAGAGCGCCGAGGAGAUCAGGCGGAUCAUCGAGGUGGACAUGGGCGUGGUGGACGGGGCGGUGCUGGAGGCGGAGGACAUCGCGAGGGCGGCGCUGUACCUGGCGUCCGACGAGGCCAAGUACGUGAACGGGCACAACCUCGUCGUCGACGGCGGCUGGACGGUGGGCAAGAGCAGCAGGUAGAAAUGCCGGCGCCACCUCGCCGACAGGGAGGGAAGGGUCGGCGGGCGGAUCGAUGUCUUGGGCUAUUUUCAGAAUAAGCUGCGCUCUUGACUUCUUGUGUGCACACGGGAACAGUCCAGCGCGCGCUCGGUGUUCAGACUUCAGACCAGACUUGCAGUGUGAUAAUGUUAUAAUGUUAUAAUAUUA